ACCUUUGUCUUCAUGAUGGGAGAAAACAUCAGCAUGGCUGUUAAGAUCCGUGUUUCUCCUGGAGCGAGGAUUUAUCAAGGCUGAGAGACUCUGGAUUAUCCUUAACCUUCUGUGAAAUACGUAGGCAGCUCCCUCUGCCCCCGUUGUGAGUGGUCCUGAGUGCAGAUACCAAGAUGGCAUCCAGCCUCACCUGUGCUGGCAUGAUCUGGGCCUUCCUCUCCUUCCUCUGCGCUGCUGCCUCCUGCGUGGGGUUCUUCAUGCCCUACUGGCUCUUGGGGUCUCAGCUGGAGAAGUCGGUUUCCUUUGGCACUUUCCGGAGGUGUUCAUACCCUGUGCGGGACGAGAGCCUCCAGACGACCGUGAUGGUGGAGCAGUGCGGCCGCUACGCCUCCUUCCAGGCCAUCCCCAGCACCGAGUGGAGGAUCUGCACGGUGGUGACGGGGCUGGGCUGCGGGCUGCUCCUCCUGGUGGCCCUGACGGCGCUCAUGGGCUGCUGUGUGUCUGAGCUCAUCUCCAGGAACGUGGGCAGGAUGGCAGGAGGCAUCCAGUUCCUGGGGG